GAUACAGUGAUAGCAAAAUCGAUCCCAGCUAGCAAGAAAACCUGUUCCUAGAGCUUUAUGAUAAAUAAUGGGUCGAAAAGUGACGGUGGCGGCGUGCACGCUCAACCAAUGGGCUCUCGAUUUCGAAGGGAACCUGAGUCGGAUCCUGCAGUCCAUCCAGGAGGCCAAGGAGAUGGGGGCGCUUUAUCGGACGGGGCCGGAGCUAGAGAUAUGUGGCUACAGUUGCGAGGAUCAUUUCCACGAGCCAGACACCUUCCUGCACAGCUGGCAAGUUCUGGCCGAGCUGCUCAAGUCCCCGACAUGUAGCGACAUGCUCAUCGACGUGGGCAUGCCGGUGCAGCACAGGAACGUGUCGUACAACUGCCGUGUGGCGUUCUUCAACAAGAAGAUACUGCUGAUCAGACCAAAGAUGAUGCUGUGCGAAGACGGAAACUACAGGGAGUCGAGGUGGUUCUCUUGCUGGACGAAAGAGCGGCAAGUUGAAGACUACUAUCUUCCGAGAAUGAUAACAACCAUCACUAACCAAAGUACUGUUCCUAUCGGCGAUGCUGUGAUUGCUACUAAAGACACCUGCAUCGGUUUUGAAAUUUGCGAGGAGCUAUGGAAUCCACAAAGCCGUCACAUCGCGCUCGGCCUCGACGGCGUAGAGAUUAUAGCAAACGGCUCAGGUAGCUAUAUGGAGCUCCGCAAGGCCUACGUCACCGUGGACCUGGUCAAGAGCGCGACCUUCAAGAGCGGGGGGGCGUACCUGUUCAGCAACCUCCGGGGCUGCGACGGACAGAGGAUCUAUUUCAACGGGUGCUCCUGUGUGGCCUUGAACGGUCAGAUUGUCAGCCGAGGACUACAAUUUGCUUUGGUUGACGUUGAAGUGGUGGUAGCGACGAUAGACCUGGAAGACAUCCGUUCGUACCGAACACAGAUCCGCUCCCGUUCCCAUCUCGCCGCCUCUAACCGGCCGUUCCCGCGAAUCACGGUAGACUUCGCGCUGUCAGAUGACGAUGACGCCUUUCUCACCACAAGCCCCCCUAUCGAUUGGAAGUAUUUGACACCGGAAGAAGAAAUUGAGCUCGGUCCGGCGUGUUGGUUGUGGGACUACCUGCGUCGUUCGGGGCAGGGUGGGUUCUUCCUACCGCUGAGCGGCGGCGUGGACUCGACCAGCACGGCCUGCAUUGUGUUCUCUAUGUGCACUCAGAUAUGCGACGCUAUACAGAAAGGAGAAAGCCAAGUGUUAUACGACGUACGGAAGAUUCUCUGCCAGGCCGACUACACGCCGUCCGACCCUAUGGAGCUGUGCAAUAGACUACUAGUCACUUGUUACAUGGCCACAGAUAAUUCCAGCCAGGAGACUAAACAGAGAGCGUCACAGUUAGCAAGUCAAAUAGGCAGCUAUCACUUCCCGAUCACGAUCGACGCGGCCGUGAGCGCGGUGCUGGGCAUCUUCACCGCCGCCACCGGGCUCGUGCCCAAGUUCCGGGCCCAGGGCGGCUGCCCGAGGCAGAACCUCGCCUUGCAGAACAUACAGGCACGUCUCCGGAUGGUGCUGUCGUACCUGUUCGCGCAGCUGAUGCUGUGGGCGCGCGGGCGGCCGGGCGGGCUGCUGGUGCUGGGCGCGUCCAACGUGGACGAGGCGCUGCGCGGGUACAUGACCAAGUACGACUGCUCCAGCGCGGACGUCAACCCCAUCGGGGGCAUCUCCAAGACGGACCUGAAGGCGUUCCUCUUGUACGCUAAGAGUCGGUUCUUCUUACCCUCGCUGUCGGAGAUCCUGCAAGCGCCGCCGACGGCCGAGCUGGAGCCGCUAACGGACGGGCAGAUCACGCAGACCGACGAGCAGGACAUGGGCAUGACGUACGCCGAGCUGGCCGAGUUCGGCCGCCUCCGCAAGGCGCAGCACUGCGGCCCCUACACCAUGUUCCAGAAGCUUGUGCACAAGUGGAGCGACAAGUGCACGCCGCACGAGGUCGCAGAGAAAGUGAAACACUUCUUCCGCUGCUACGCCAUCAACCGGCACAAGAUGACGGUCCUGACGCCGUCGUACCACGCCGAGACGUACAGCCCGGACGACAACCGCUUCGACCACCGCCCCUUCCUCUACCGCGUGCACUGGAGCUGGCAGUUCAGGGCCAUCGACGAUGCGGUUACACAAAUGACGAAGCUAAAGGGAGCAUUGAAAAGCGAUGGCGAUAGGCAAGGCAAAAGCGAGCCAGCGAGACCUACCGGCAGCGCUCCUUUCAACAUACGCGGCGAUCGUAAAGGAGUUCUCAUAUGA